CAACCUUGCGACCCGAAGAUUAUUUUCAAUUUCGAAAAACAAAUAUGUUGCCCCUUAAUAGAAGCAGCCGAGUUUUUGCCGGACUCAUAACGGUGGCACUGAUUGGAUCAUGCGGAGCUAAACUUCGUCACAAUGAGCCCCGCUGCGACCAACCGUGUCGAAAUGGAGGUGACGGGAUUAACCAGUGCUGCCAACAGAUCGGCUACGACGAUGGGGGCGUUUGCAUGUAUCCCAACAAUAUCCGCUCCGAAGGCUACGCGAGGUGUUACACGAAUGGAAAUACGGUUCCGAACUGCAUAGGCCCCGACCAGAAAUGUGGGAGCUAUGCAAAUAACGCGCAAUGCUGUCCAGGGUACACCUGUUUUUGUGAAAACGAUAUGAGUGGCAAAAUGUGGAGUAUUUGCAGCUGUAGACAAAGAUAUGGAUAAGUUUGCAAAAUUUUUGUUUUGUUGAUGACCUGGAAUGAUUUUGAGAUUUAAAGAAAACAAUACUUUUGAAGGAUUUUUUAAAACCAUUCUGCGAUUUAAAAAUCUAAGCAGAUUUUUUAUUCAAAUCUUAAAACUAUUUAAUAAGGAAAUAAAAUUGAUUGCAUUACAAAAUAUGCGGGUUGUCGUGGAAAUGUUGCAGAUUUUUUGGCAAGGUUUAAAGGUAUUUUUGUCUAAUUGGACAUUAUCAUCGAUGUAUAUGUACAUAUGUAUUGUAUGGCCAUUAACUAUGCGUGCCUAUAUAAGCGACUUGUCAUAUAUUUAU